AUGGGUAGAAGUAGUGAAAAAACUAGGGCAAAAAAAGGUAUAAGUAGCGAGGUAACAAGGGAAACGAAAGCAACUGAACACCAAAAUCAUGAGCUUAAGAAGGAAACAAAAGAAGAUCCCAAUGUAAAAGUCUGCAAGAGGAAAAGAUAUACAGAGGUUUUGAUAAAAGAGCAAAGGGAUAAAUGUCAAAAUUGUGUUCAACUCAACUGGGAAAUUGAUGGUUUGAAGUACGAGAUUGAACGUUUAGAAAAGGAGUUUUUGGAAUUGGAGGUCCGGGGAGACUUAGUUAAGGUGAGGUGUAAUCAGUUGAAAGCUAAGAUUCUAGAGAAGGAGACAAGCCAAAGAGAAAAGGCUUUGGAGAAGGAAUGUGCCCAACUGAAUAAAGAGGUUAAGGAUUUGAAGUUGGGGCGGAAAAGAGAUGCUGUUGAAAUUGAAGAUCUCAAAGUGAAGUGUACGGAAAUGGGGAUUCAAGAAACCGUCUUGUUGAAUCAUGAAAUUGAGCUGGGAAAGAAAUUGGAAGCUUAUAAAACCAAGUGCCAAGAUUUGUCUGCAGAGCUGGAAAGGAAGGAAAUGGAAUUGGAGAACCAGCUGGUUGUAGUAGCCAAUGGUUUUGAUCAAGAGCUUGAAAGCUAUAGGACCAGAUGCAUUAGAAUGGAAGAGAAGAUCAAGGGGUUAACAGAAGAAGGAAUUGUUGUUUUUGACAGGGAGAUGAGUGCGCAGGAAAGAAUUUGUCACUUGGAGGAGGUAAUUAAGAAGAUGGAAACUAACGAAAGAGAGAGGCUUGCAGAGUUGGAAGCUUAUAAUUUCAAGUGUCAAGGUUUGUCUGCAGAGCUCGAACAGAAGGAAAUUGAAUUGGAGAACCUACGGGCAGUAAACGGGGGUCUUGAUCGUGAGCACGAAGACAACAUGACUAAAUGCAUUGGAAUGGAGGAGCAAAUUAAGGGUUUAAUAGAAGAAGGAAAUAUUAUGUCUCAGAGGGAGAAGAGUGCGCAGGAAAGAAUUUGUCACUUGGAAGAGGCAAUUAAGAAGAUGGAAACUAACGAAAGAGAGAGGCUUGCAGAGUUGGAAGCUUAUAAUUUCAAGUGUCAAGGUUUGUCUGCAGAGCUCGAACAGAAGGAAAUGGAAUUGGAGAACCUACGGGCAGUAAACGGUGGUCUCAGUCGUGAGCGCGUGGACUACAUGACUAAAUGCAUUGGAAUGGAGGAGCAAAUUAAGGGUUUAAUAGAAGAAGGAAAUGUUAUGUCUUGGAGGGAAAAGAGUGCAGGGGAAAGAAUCUGUCACUUGGAGGAGGUAGUUAAGAAAAUGGAAACGGAUGAAAGAGAGAGGUUAGCGGAAUUGGAGACAAGGCUUUUAAAAGUGGAAGAAGAAAAUGCAACAUUGAGAGCCUUGCAAAAUGUAGUUUCUUGUGAAAGAACUUGCAGGGAUAUGGAUGGCAGGGUCUAUGCAGCUAAUGAGGCGCACUUGACAAGAACUGAACCGAGUCCAAAUUCAACUUUUACACUUGCCAGCUGCAUACCUUCUUCUUCACUGCAAGUAAAUGUCGAUGGUGUAACCGCCUCAGACUUAGCCCAUGCAAACAGUCAGUGCAAGUCUGCAGCAGGUGCCAAGGAUUACUUUGCAAGUGCAGUUGGACGCCAAGGCCAAGUAGGUUUUGAGACACAAGGGAGACUAACUAGAUUUCGCAAGUGCAGUGGGAUACCAUCAAGUGAAAAUCUAGCUUUGGUCAGACAAGAAGAUGGUGCAAGGCCGUCAACUCCUCUUGAGAUUGUUGAGAUCGACAGUGAGGAAGAAACCGUGGAUAUCAGCGACAAUGAGGAAGAAAAUUAA